AUGCUAUUCACAUCAACCCCCCUGGGACCGACCGAGCCCCAGAGCAGUGUCUACAACAUCCAGCUCUCCGCGAGUGAAACCCCAGGGAAUACGCAUGUAGAUGGCUUGACACAGGCGAGCGCAGACCGCGUGUCCGAGCUGCUGAUGAUCAAUUAUGCGCGAUAUCAUACUCUCUAUGCUGCAGUGGGCUUUCACAACCACACGGUGCACCACCUCCUCACUUUAUUCGCUCUCGGUGCGACUCCAGAUGAGAUACGGGAUAUGUACGAUCUGAAUAUCGGCUACCAGUCACUGGUACAGUAUCGGUCGGCCUCGGUGGUUGUCCAAAUGAAAGACCGAGAGUUUUUCAAGAAAUGCAUAGGAGACCUGAGCUACUACGACAGCUUUUUGCGGUUCUUUCAGGAUGAGAUUGCGCAGCGCGGGGUCCCUGGUGUCGUAAACGAGUAUCUGUUUGGGAAUACUGAGCAUUCGAAUGAUCUCCUGGGACGGAUGCACUCCGAAGGCUUUCUACACCCCAUGAUCCACCUAGGAUGCGGACUCGAAUUCAAUCAACCUCUCCUCGUAGCAGAGGCGCUGGCGGCAGGCUGUGUUCACGAUGACUGGCCGAGCUCGUUUCUCUUCCCGACAGAGAAAUACCAGGAAACACAUCCAGGGAUUGAAUCCAAGUCGAUGCUUGAGGUGAUGGACGAUCUACAUAACGAUCCGGUUAUCAGCAAUGCAGUCCAGUUAACAGACCCCCUGAAUAAAAUCAGCGACGGCCUUUUAGCCAAAGUGUGCGACGAGCUGGUGCCCUACCUAGCACGGUACCGCGUCACUCCUACAGACGACGAACUGUAUCAACAAACGGUCCACAUGGUGCAUACAUGUGCAUACAUGGUGGGAGCAGCCCAGUGUCCAGGAAAGGUCGCAGCUCUAGAUUUCGUGAUGCUGCAUACCCUAACCCUCUCAAUAUUCUACACAACAUUCCUAGCGCAGGAGUGGAUCUCGAACGAGAAUAAAGCGCGCUUGCUGCAGUUCAAGGUCUGGGGCGACUUGGUCACCUACGCAGGGUGUGGAUGUGCGACCCUCUACCCAGACCGGAUCACCGGUUAUCGACCUAAACGGCCAGAUCAGGGAUGGAAGGAGCUAGUUCAUCGUGCAAACAUCUAUGGGGACGAUGGGCACAUUUCCAAGGUUACUCGAGCUUUAUUACAUGCGGAGAGCCUGCCGGAUCCAUGCCCUGGGUUCCCGCUAUGCAAAGACGAUUUCAUCAGGAUUGCGCACCUGAGUCUUGAUUCUGUGGAACGUAUGCUCGAGCCGGACCAGUACAGGGUGCCGGAGAAGAUUCGAAAGGAAGUCGGAGAGGAGAUGGGCCAGGACGAAGAGGUCAUCCGGGUCAUGGUGCGAUGGGUACGAUGGUGUGGCGUCGACGGUGCAUGGGAUGAGUUUCCAGAUCUAACUGACUGA